AUGAACAUGGAGAAGACACAGUUUAUCGAGAAGAUGGUCACAUUCCUUGGCUAUCAAAUCACCUACAAGAAGAUUGCCCCAACCAACGAUAAGAUUCAAGCAAUCCAAAAUUGGGAUCUACCUAAAACGACCACAGAGGUAAGAUCAAUGGUCAACUUCACCAACUUUUUCCGAAACUUCAUUCCAAAUGUAUCCAACAUCACAGGUCCAUUAACCGAUUUAACCAAAGACAAUCCCGGAAAAAGACAACCAAUUCAACACAACAAUCAAUCAAUCAAUCAAUGCUUUCAACCAACUCAAGAAAUGUUUAAUGAGAUUACCAACUUUAGCUAUUUACCAACCACAUGA